AUUAAUUGCUUCAUUCGUUUCCGCUCUCAAACACACCACACCAUAUUCACCAGAGUAACUUCUAUGUUUUGCCACUACCUGACGCUGUCAUCGACACGGAGUCUCUCUUUUCGCCAUUUCCAAAAUAUCCGUAAGCGAUGGCUGACACAGCAACAAAACCAAGCACAUCUGCAGCACCAGCUGAGAAAUCGGCCCCCGGGCUCAGACGCAAAAGGCACGGCCGCCUCUACGCCAAGGCCGUCUUCACCGGCUACAAACGUGGUCUUAGGAAUCAACACGAAAACCAGUGCAUCUUGAAGGUCGAUGGCGCCCGCAGGAAGGAACACGGCCGCUUCUACAUUGGCAAACGUUGUGUUUACGUCUACAAGGCAAAGACCCGCAAGUGCGUGCCCCAACACCCAGAACGGAAGACCAAGAUCCGCGCAAUCUGGGGCAAGGUAACUCGCACCCACGGAAACAGUGGAUCCGUCCGCGCCCGAUUCCGCAGGAACUUGCCCGGUCAUGCGAUGGGACAACGCAUUAGAAUUAUGCUGUACCCUUCAAGCAUCUAAGCAGGAUACAAACUAAUUUUAUAAAUGAGAAAAUAUAAAAAAAAAAA